GCCAUUGAAAAUUAGCACCAAUGAUAUUGAUGUAAUGUUAACAUCAAUAAUAGGCUCGGAGCAGUUAGAAGGAAUGGAAUCUGUAUACGAUUCCGAUAAUCCUUUUGUGCGAAACAAAACGGAGGAUGUUAUCGUUAGCAUUGAUAAGGCAGCAAAUAACAUCAGUGCUAUGCAAUCUCAGGAUGGGAGCGAGGAAUUUGAAGACAUCAUGAACACAUCCAACACAGCUACUACUUCGAAAAAUUGGAGUACAUACACGCCUGCAGAUUUAAAAGCUCCUAAGUCUAAAAAACUUAUAAUCGACGAAUCGCAAAGAAAAGAGAAAAAUACGAGUACAUCAUGGUCGAAGCUGGCCGCUGUUAAAUCAAAAUGGACUGGAGAAAAAUGCCGCGUAGAGAUUGAAAUAUUAAAAGCUGAACAUGAAAAGCGAUGCGCCGAUCAGAGCUGCGAUUAUUCGGUAUGCUUAAAACUGACAAAAUUCGCCUAUCAAUCUCAGGAUCUAAAGGAGGAGCUUCAGUAUCGCGAUUUCCGCAUGGUCUCCGCCUGA